AUGAAUACAAAUAGUACAUUUGAUAUUGUUAUUUCAUUGUUUGGACGACUUGGUCGUUAUAUCUAUUCUUUUGUGGCCCCAACUCCAACGAGAAUUGGGGAGUAUAAAGCUACACAUUACUCGGUACGAGUGUGUGGGAAAAUUGGAAAAUGGAUGCUGGAAAAGAAAACCAGGAAGUUGCAGGAGGUUUUGAUGAUACAAAUAUUGGAAGCUGGCUCCGAUCCGGAGCAGGCUGGCCUGAAGGAGCACUUGAAUUUCCAUGUGCAGAAGCUCAACCAGGCGACGAAGAAGGCUGAGAUGAAGGAAGCGUACAAAGAGACUAAAAACUGUUGGUGUCGACUGGUACUCUGCCGGGAAAUGUCCCAUGAGCCAAAGGUACAGAUAUUGGAAUCUAUUGAAGGAGAGACAUCUGAAAAUGAACCUGAGGCUCUUUCUGGAACUCACGACUUACAGGAGGUAAAAGAAUCUUCUUUAGAAAUAAACGAUUUACCAAAGGAAAUUGCAGAGAUCUCUGAAACAUAUUACGAAUUUAUGACGGAAGCAGUAGCAUCUUCAGAAAGACUAGACUCGGAGGAGACCACUGAAAUGCACAGAGAUGUUCCUCAUGAGUAUGUGGACGGAAUGAGUGAAAAAUUGGAGUCUCUUCGAAGAGAAAAAGAGGCCCUUGAAAUGGAGAAGCACGCUCUGGACAAAGAGAGAGAAAACUUCUACAAAGAAAGUGAAGAUCUAAAGAGGCAAGAAAGCAAGUUCAAAGAAAUGUUGCGUGAACUUAGUGUUGAAAAAAUUCGUCUUGGAGACAGGAUGCAUGAACUGAUGAAGGCUGAAGAAGUCUUUCUUAUUACGAAAAAAGCAUUUGAAAUGGAAAGAGAAGGAUUUGAAAUGGAAAGAAAACAGGCCGUAGAUGAAGAGAAGGCCGCACUUUCGAGGGAAUGGCAGGCCGUAGAAAAUGCUAAAAAGGAGUUGCAUCACGAGAGAGAGAAAUUACAAAAGGAAAGGGCCGCCUUCAAUAAGGAAAAGAAAACAUUUGACUCAAAUGCCAAAGAUUGUCUAUUAGGGAAAGAAGAGGAGGUAGACAAGAACAGGGAGGCUCAGAACUACUCAAUGAAAACAGUGAAACACACUGGAUCUGAGCGGGAACAUGGAGAUGGAUUCCUGGAAGAACUCGAAAGAAAAAUAAAUGUCAAUUUCAAUGAUACACUUAAUGACUGGGAAAAGAACAUUAUGGAAAAGAUGACGGUUCGAUUCGAUAUGGGGCAACGCUACGAAUGUCUGAAACAAGAAAGGGCUGCAAUGGCUUUGAAGGAAACUAUUGAUAGACAACAUGAGCAGCUGGUCAUUCUGAAAAAAGAAAAGGUUAGUCUUCUAAAUGCAGUUGAACAUCUGCAAUUAGAAAAUACUAGUCUUAUAAAGAAAGUUCAUGAGCAACAAAAAGACCUCGAAAAUGCUGAUAGGAUUCAAAGCAUCAUACAGAGGCAAGAGGAGCAUCUAGAAAAUUUAGAAGAAGAAAAGGUUAGUCUUCUAAAUGCAGUUGAACAUCUGCAAUUAGAAAAUACUAGUCUUAUAAAGAAAGUUCAUGAGCAACAAAAAGACCUCGAAAAUGCUGAUAGGAUUCAAAGCAUCAUACAGAGGCAAGAGGAGCAUCUAGAAAAUUUAGAAAAAGAAAAGGUUAGUCUUCUAAAAUGCAAGUUGAACAUCUGCAAUUUAGAAAAUACUAGUCUUAUAAAGAAAGUUCAUGAGCAACAAAAAGACCUCGAAAAUGCUGAUAGGAUUCAAAGCAUCAUACAGAGGCAAGAGGAGCAUCUAGAAAAUUUAGAAAAAGAAAAGGUUAGUCUUCUAAAUGCAGUUGAACAUCUGCAAUUAGAAAAUACUAGUCUCAUAAAGAAAGUUCAUGAGCAACAAAAAGACCUCGAAAAUGCUGAUAGGAUUCAAAGCAUCAUACAAGAGGCAAGAGGAGAAUCUAGAAAAUUAGAAGAAGAAAAGAAAUUACAGUCUUAUAAAGAAGUUCAUGAGCAACAAAAAGACCUCGAAAAUGCUGAUAGGAUUCAAAGCAUCAUACAGAGGCAAGAGGAGCAUCUAGAAGAUUUAGAAGAAGAAAAGGUUAGUCUUCUAAAUGCAGUUGAACAUCUGCAAUUAGAAAAUACUAGUCUUAUAAAGAAAGUUCAUGAACAACAAAAAGACCUCGAAAAUGCUGAUAGGAUUCAAAGCAUCAUACAGAGGCAAGAGGAGCAUCUAGAAAAUUUAGAAGAAAAGAAAAAGGUUAGUCUUUCUAAUGCAGUUGAACAUCUACAAUUAGAAAAUACUAGUCUUAUAAAGAAAGUUCAUGAACAACAAAAAGACCUCGAAAAUGCUGAUAGGAUUCAAAGCAUCAUACAGAGGCAAGAGGAGCAUCUAGAAAAUUUAGAAGAAGAAAAGGUUAGUCUUCUAAAUGCAGUUGAACAUCUGCAAUUAGAAAAUACUAGUCUUAUAAAGAAAGUUCAUGAGCAACAAAAAGACCUCGAAAAUGCUGAUAGGAUUCAAAGCAUCAUACAGAGGCAAGAGGAGCAUCUAGAAAAUUUAGAAGAAGAAAAGGUUAGUCUUCUAAAUGCAGUUGAACAUCUGCAAUUAGAAAAUACUAGUCUUAUAAGAAAGGUUCAUGAGCAACAAAAAGACCUCGAAAAUGCUGAUAGGAUUCAAAGCAUCAUACAGAGGCAAGAGGAGCAUCUAGAAAAUUUAGAAAAAGAAAAGGUUAGUCUUCUAAAUGCAGUUGAACAUCUGCAAUUAGAAAAUACUAGUCUUAUAAAGAAAGUUCAUGAGCAACAAAAAGACCUCGAAAAUGCUGAUAGGAUUCAAAGCAUCAUACAGAGGCAAGAGGAGCAUCUAGAAAAUUUAGAAAAAGAAAAGGUUAGUCUUCUAAAUGCAGUUGAACAUCUGCAAUUAGAAAAUACUAGUCUUAUAAAGAAAGUUCAUGAGCAACAAAAAGACCUCGAAAAUGCUGAUAGGAUUCAAAGCAUCAUACAGAGGCAAGAGGAGAAUCUAGAAAAUUUAGAAGAAGAAAAGGUUAGUCUUCUAAAUGCAGUUGAACAUCUGCAAUUAGAAAAUACUAGUCUUUAA